CACUCUCUUUUGGGCUCUUCCCUUUCACUGGUUUAUUGACUUAGUAAAAACCAAGAAAAGGAAAAAAGAUGGGAAAACAUAACUGUUUUACACUAAAAAAGAAGAUCAUACUGAUCAUCACUUCUCCAUAGCCAAGGAAAAAAAAAAAAAAAAACUUUAAUUUGUGAUUCUAAUGGAAGAUGAUGAUAAUCCCAAGCUAUUCCCUCAUCCACAACGUCAUUCCUCUUCAUCUUCCUCAAUGACCCUUUUUUCAAGAUUGGAUCAUUUGGAUUUUGUUAUGAAGGAGUUGGAGAAGAAACAGAGAUUGGAGAGAUUGUUUGGAGAGAGUAAUUUAGAAGAAGGAAUGGGAGGAAGAAGCAUAUCAAUGGAUGUUGCACUAAAAGACACUUACUCUAAAGGUUCACUGUUGGAUCGUGUGGCAGCUCUUGAGCAUAGACUUCUUCAGAUGCAGCUAUGUUUGGAGAUGGAAUCAGGAAGCUCCUCAAAUCCUUCAUCAUUAACAACUUCAUCACAAACAUCAUCGUCACUUGAGAUUACUUCUUCUUCUUCUCCAAAAAAGUUUUGCAAUGGACAAACAUCAUCUUCUUCAUACCCCACAUUUCAUUAUCCCAACAAUGGAACAACUUCACAAGUUUCUCAAUUUCAGGAGAAGCCUCAAAGACAACAACAGAAGAAGAAGCAACAAAGUACUCCAAAAGGUCAAGUAGUAGUUGGUAAGACAAUGACUGAAAAGGAUGAAGUAGGAUCUUGCAAAAAUGUGAAGAAAGGGAAUAAUCCUUCUGCUUUCAAAUGGCCACACUUGAGAAUGUUUGGUUGUUAAUGCUUUCUUUUCUUCAAUUUCCCUCUUUCCUUCUUUCUUUCUUACUAUUGAAAAUAUGACUGAAUAGUACUUAAAAUACAUCAGUACUUGAUUGUAGCUUAAAUUCUUGAGUUCUACUUGUUGACCGGUUUAUUAUAAAGAUGAUGAUUUUACGUUUAAA